AUGGAGAAGUUCAAGGGCAUUUCGCCUCACAAACCCCUUCGAACUGAUGUGAACGAAAUCCGCAUCGUCAAGCUGUUACCCAACGUCUUCAAUGCGCCUAUUGAGUGCGAGCUGGAGCACAUCACGAUCGACGUCGAGGCCGAUUACGAGGCCCUGUCAUACUGCUGGGGAGAUGCAUCAGUCACUCAUCCCAUUCGGUUGAACGGCCGAGUAUACCCUAUCACCACGAGCUUAUUCACUGGUCUGAACUAUCUUCGGCUCGAAGACCGCCCGAGGCGACUUUGGGUGGAUAGUCUCUGCAUCAACCAGACCGACCUCGAUGAACGCAGCCAUGAAGUCCAGAGGAUGCGCGAUAUCUACGAAAAGGCCAAAGAGGUUAUCAUUUGGCUUGGAGAUUAUCACCCGUUUACUCGUCUAUACGUCAAACGAGUAUUCGAUUACGUGACUAAGCUAGCUACUUGCUGGGAAGAUGAGGAAGAGGAGGCUCUCAUCUCGGCCUGGGGUUUUGACGAGCUUUGGCAUUUCCAGACAGAGCUUCAGGACUUCCUCAAAACCCGCCAAUGGUUUCAGCGGAUAUGGGUUUUGCAAGAGGUCUCUGUUCGCCCUAAUCCAUGGUUGAAGAACGUGGAUAUCACCCCUGAUCUUAUCUGUGGACACCUCCGACUCCCGGUGGUAUACUUGAGGCAAGUUCAGAAUUACUGGGUGACACAACCCACUACGGCUCGACUCAGCCUGCCAUCUUUGUGCCCUACUCUCGAUCGUCUGAGGCUCAUUUGGGAGGGGCACCAAGACCUGAUGGGACAAGAACCUCAUCCCUUUGCCAAUCAGCUCGUAUGGAUUCUUUCCUUGGUCGCUGCUAAGUUUGACGCGACUGACGAGCGAGACACGAUUUUUGCCACUCUGGGGCUUUUGAACGCAAAAUCGAUACCCUCACAAGUCCGACCGGACUACACCAAGACUGCAUCACAAGUUCUGAUCGACUGUGCAACAUUCCUGAUCGAAGAUUCUAACUUCGUCAAUAUCAUACAAUACAACUCAAUGCAAACAACCCAACUGCCAUCAUGGGUGCCUGAUUGGCGAUAUAAUGCGCGGCACCCAAUAUAUGCAGGGAGCGAGACUGGUCCAGGCAUUCAUUCCAGGGUCCUUGAAAAAGGCAAUGCACUGGAGGUCGACAUAAUGCCAUUUACAGAGAUCUCCAUGUUGGGGCCGAAGUUUGAGAUCAUCAACACCGAGGAAAAGAUGUUCAAUGUUUGGGAAGACUUCUUCCUCGAUAUUGGAGAAUGUUUGGAUGGGCGAAAACUGCCGGCCCGUGGCUACACAAACUUUGAAGAGGCUGUGUGGCAGUUGCUGAUUAUAUUCAGCAUCAACUUUCAAUGGUUGCUUGAUCCGGGGUGCUUUGAGGGCGUCUUGGGAGACAACGCCCCGUCAUUUAUCAGGAGACACUCACUGGACGUUUCCGCACGUGGGCAUUCGACACUCGAGAAGGAUUUUAUGGAAGAUAGCUUGAAGAUCAUCUCGGAGUCGGUAACCAACAAAUACGUUUUUCGCUGCGCAGAUAACUCGAUUGGCAUCAUGGGCCAAUCGUUCGCGAAGCCUCAGCCCGGAGACAUGAUCUGCUCUAUCCGGGGUGCUUGCUCAGAGUUUGUACUGCGGCCCCUUAUCAAAGGAUACCGCAUCAUUGGCAGGUGCGAGAGAACAAUAAGGACGCUCGAAUUAACGAUGACGGAAGUUGGGUUGCUGGAUUGGAUGGGUACUACUCAUUUAUUGAGUGUUUUGAGUGAAUUAUGGGCAACGGCUGACUUCCACCGCACAACUAUCUACUGA